AAGAUAAUUGUGUUCUUCAGGGUUUCUGAUAUCGUCUAAUCGCGUCCCAAAAUGACGCUUUAUAGUUGCUUAUGGAUCUUUAUUGAUCGAAUUUGUACAUGCUGGUUGUAUUUGUGUCAGUAUAGCCGAUUCUCUUUUAUUCCUGUAUCUCGCGACGAUCUGAAUUUGUUCGAUUGGGGACUUUUGCGGUGGAAGAUCGAUCUUCGACACCUCUAUGGUUUCAAUUUUGUUCAAAAUUAGAUGACUGUGCUAUUGAUCGAUUGUAUGUUUUUUUUUUGGAUCGUACGAAUUCUUGGUUGGGUUGAUCUUAGCAUCGUUAGGAUUCGGAGAAGUCCCUUCUUGAUCGCGAACUUAUUGUGAGAAUUAGGGAAAAUAAAGUUAGUUGUAGUUUAAUUAUACGAUAAAAGGUAGCCCCUUAAGACCUUUCUUAAGUCGAAAAUUUCGUGUAUCUUGUUGAAACGAAAGUUGAAAAUUGAACCUCGUUUCUUUUGUUUUUCUUAGUUCCUUAUCGGCAGGAACUGUAGUUACUUUAGUGCAAAAUAAAGGGAUUUUAAGAGGCCAAACCGGUGGACGUGUGGUAGGUUUUGAUUGAAGACAAUGAUAAGGUUUAUCCUUACAAUGGGAACUGAUGUUAUGGAUUGAUAUUAUGCUAGUUUGACAUUUUGUUGGGGAACUUAAUUAAAUUAUAGAUAAGAAUUGAAAGUUCUUCCAGUGACCGCAGAACCCUGCUUUGAAUUAAUGCAUGUCUAAGAUGUUGGACGCCUAGCUUUUAAAUUCUCUCACUUUUCUUGUUAAUUUGUGCAAAUCUUGUUCGAGGUUAUUUAGAAGUGCAUAUGAAUAUUGAGAAUUAGAAAAGAUUAUAUUUAUGCAGCAAUUUUUUAAAUUUCAUUGUGUGGAGUCAUUGUUACUUUGCUUUUUGAAGACAUGUUGUUCUUAUCUCUGUUGUUCUCACUAAUUCCCCAUUGCAUGAGCUCCUUUAGGUAUUUCCAGCUCAUGGCUACUAUGUUUCAAAUGAAUUGCUAGCUUCUGUCAGCACCUAUAGUUCAUGGAAAUACAUAAAAAAUUAGUGCAGCUUUAGCAGCAUAUUCGCAAGUUCGUAUUCUGUGGAAAUGGAGCAAUCUUGCAACAUUCUGGUAAUUUGGAGAGGCAAGCAGUUCGAUGUAAAUGUCAACCCAGAUUCUAAUGUCAAGGAGUUUGGGCAGAAACUUCAGGAAUUGACUAAUGUCAGACCUGAUACUAUGAGACUUUUUGUUCCACAAAAGAAUAACAAAGGUUCAAAAAUGGUCAGCCCAUUUUCUGAUGUUCACUCGAUGUUAAGCUUGCGAGAAUCAGCAAUCCUUGAGGGAAAGACUAUCAAGAUGAUGGGUGUUUUUAGUGAUGAGGUCGAGGAGGUUUCUCAUAACAGUAAUAAACCUGACCUAAGGAUAGCUGGUUUUGCUGAAGAGGAACAGAGAUUGAGACAGAGAACGAUAUAUAGGCCUCAAGCUUCUCUGAAACUUCCACAAGGAACCUACAUUUUCUGUGAAUUUCGCACACUUCAGAUUCCAGGAAUUGAGUUGAACCCUCCACCAUCUGAGGCUCUGAGAAGAAUGCACAUGCUUGCCUGUGAUCCUGGGAUUAUUGCUAUCAUGAAUAAGCAUCGGUGGCGGGUUGGUAUUAUGAGUGAAAUGGCACCUGAGGGAUAUGUAGGAAUAAGUCCAAAAUGCAUUCUCGGAUUUAAUAAGAAUCAUGGGGAAGAGAUAUGCCUUCGAUUGCGUACAGAUGAUCUUAAAGGAUUUAGAAAAUAUGAAAGCAUCAAAAGAACACUUUUACAUGAACUUGCCCACAUGGUGUACUCCGAACAUGAUUCUAAUUUCUUUGCUUUAAACAAGCAGUUAAAUGAAGAAGCCGCUAGCCUAGACUGGACAAAAUCCACAAGUCACACAUUGAACGGUCGCAAAUACCUUGAUCAUUAUGAAGAGGAGGAUUAUGUCGAACCGAGUAGCAAGAAUAGUGGUCAAAAGCUUGGGGGUGCAACAAAUUCAUUAGUUUCUGCACGUGCAUCAUCGAUUGCUGCUGCCUAUAACCGAAUGGCAAAUGCUUCUUUCUACGACCACAUGCCUGUUAAAUCCAAGGAACCUGAUCCUGAUGAUAGCCAGCUGAUGGAUAAUCAGGGAAAAUUUUCUGAACCUGACCCAGAUGAUAUGGUGACUUCAGAGAAUGAUGCCAUGCUUGUGGAUAUGGUUAUGGAUGCCAGGAGACCAUUUUCGAAAUCAUCAAUGCUUGAUAUGCUUGAUGAGCUUGACCCUGAUGAUUCCUUGGACCAUAAGAACAUGUCUGAGCCUGACCCCGAAAAUUCCUUGGAUAAUAAGAACAUUUCUGAACCUGACCCUGAUGAUUCCUUGGAUAAUAAGGACAUUUCUGAACUUGACCCUGAUGAUUCCUUUAGUAAAAAGAAUGAGUCUGAACCUGACCCCGAUGAUUGCUUGGAUAGUAAGAACAUGUCUGAACCUGAUCCUGAUGAUUCCCAUGCUAGAGGAUUGAUAGUGUCUAGAAGUGAACCUGAUCCAGAUGAUACCUUAGGUGGUGAAGAUAUUAAAUUAGCCAAGGAGACUGAUUCAACAGGUACCAGGUCAAACAAGGUGUCUACAAGCAAUCUAAGAGAUUCUGAACCUGAUCCUGAUGAUUCUUUGAAUAAUGUACUCUUGGAUGCACAAAUGGAAGAAAUGCAUCUGGGAAAACACUGUAGAGAGCCUGAUCUGGAUGGCUUUGUUAAAGAUAUGAUUUUGGGAGAUUAUGAGAGGUUGCAACAAAGUGCUGAAGGGCCACUGGCGACUGAAAAUUCGAUGGCAGUUGACCAUGUCAAUGAUUUGGACAAUCAAGAGAUGCAAAGAAUUGAAGAACCUGCUGCUCUUUUUUGUUCCCGUCUCCAGAGAGCCAUUGAUAUCCUACGAUCAGAAGCAACACCUUUACAGGCCACCUCAGUUCUUCAAACGCUUUUCAGGAUUAUCAGGAACGUAAUAGAACACCCAGAUGAGGUCAAGUUCAGAAGACUGAGAAAGGCCAAUCCCCAGUUCCAGAGGAAUGUGGCAAAUUAUAAAGCUGCGAUGGAGGUUCUCACUUUGGUCGGCUUCUGUGAGGAUGUCAUAUCUGAUGAGAUCGGCAGAGCCGAGACAUUCUUGGUGUUGAAAAGAAAUGAUCCUGGCUUGCUGUGGCUUGCAAAAUCUUCUCUCGAGCUGUCUAUAACUUAGUGCCAACUAUAACACAACAAUAUCAAAUGAUUUGUUUGUACUUAUCAUGUGUGCAAAUGAUUGGUAUAGGUGAUGUCCAACUACCAACUGCUACUAGGAGUUAACAAUGAGUCCAACCACAUACAAGGAAGACGUGUAAACAAAGGAUGAAGUGCUGGAUUCUAUGUUGUUCUAUAGGGGACUAUUGGCUGAUUAAUAAAAUGUGAAUAAAAAAGCUCUGUAAUUAUAUUACAUAAUUGUUUAUCAAAGUUUGUUUGAAUGUAUGUUUUGUCUUCUAAUGCAAAUAUAAUUGUUUUUA